AUGAAUGGACUUUCAUCUAGGGAGAAGUCUGUGGGGUAUGCUUUAUACUGGCCUCAUGAUGGCACAAGAAGAAAUUCUGCAGCAGCCUUUGCUGCCAUGAAGACCCGUCGCCCUAAACAGGAAGUUAUUAAAGCUCUACUGGACAAGUACAACGAGGACAAUGAUCUUUUAGGGGAUCUUGCAUAUCGACUAGAAGAAAUAGUGAGAUAUAAACCAUGUUUUGACGGGAAAGACUGUGAUUAUAGGUCAUAUUCACAUUUGAAUAUGACCAUAAAGACUAAAGGAGCCGAUGAUCCCCGCAAGAAGCUGUAUUUUGCUGAAGUCACUUGUAUGAGAGGCGAACAUGAAGAGUAUGUGCUCACCUGUAUCUGCGCAGUUGAACCUGAUGCCAAUGGUGAAUGCCUUGUGUGUGGAGAUCAAAUGAAGCACCCCAUUGAUGCUAAAUACAACCAUGGUCGCUCCACGCCAAUCUUUAGAUGUUGUUCCCAUGCAGAUGCAAAAGCCUUGGGUGACGAGUUAAUUACCGUGCAUGAUGAGGCUUGGCUGGAAAAGGAGGAAGCUAGGGUGAGACGAGUGUUCGAGGAAGUGGCUGAGGAUAUCAAGAAGGAGAAAGCAGCGAAACUGGCCGAGGCUAUCAAGGAGGAGAAAGCAGCGAAGCUGGCUAAGGCUAUCAAGGGGGAGAAUGCGUUAAAGGAAGUGAAUGAGGCUACGGAGGUGGGCACCAUAGGGCAUGGCCAUGCAAAGAGCGCCAAGUAUGUAGUACCGGCUAGACGAAAAUGA